CCCAGCCCUGGCCCAUACCCAGGAACCCUCCCAUAAAUCUGCAGGCUGUAUUUGGUACGACCAUGGCAAAAACGAAAUGGAGUCCGCCGCAUUUGCUGGGACUACAAGGAAAAGCAGCUUGGCAAAACUGGUCCUACGAAAUUUCAAUUCAGAAUUUAAUAAACGGUUCUAUAUCAACUUACACCACAAAUUCCACGUCAUUUAGUUUAAACGAUCUUACGGAAAAUACUGAGUAUCUUCUUAGAGUGCUGGCCUAUACUAAAUAUGGCAAGAGUCCAUGGUCUUCAGAGUUCAGAGGUAGCACUUUGGAGAAGGACAGGAAUCCUGUAUUUUUGUGGUCUGGCAUAGAAGGUCUAUUCAAAUCAGAUUCUACUAUAGAGAAUGUGGAAACUUUAAUACACAAGAGUGGAAUGGGAAAUAUUGCUUUCACUGGAGUCUCGUGGUAUCAAGACCAACUUUACAUGGUUAGUAAUAAUAGCCACGUGGUAUGGUACAACUUGACCUCCCAUAAAUAUGGUAGACUAGCCGACAUGGAUUCUGUUGGUAGCAUCGCAGUAGACUGGAUUGGGAAAAAACUGUAUUGGUCAAAUUUGAAACAACAACUGAUUAUUCGCAGUGAUUUAAAUGGUAGCCAGCAAGAACCUCUAUCAAUAUUAACUCUAGCCAAAGAAAUAGUCAUAGAUUCAGUAAAGGCUUACUUGUAUUGGUCUAGGGAGUAUGUUGUCGAAUGUGCUCAUCUAAAUGGAGAAGACAAAAUGGAGUAUGAUCAUCUAGAACCGUUUUCUGGUAGACAAGUUAUGGGACUGACACUGGACAUGGACAAAAAACUAGUAUACUGGGUUGUAAGAGGUUCGGAUGGUUCGCACUUAUUUGAGGCUCCCAUGGCUGGAUAUUAUGAUGGAGAAGAUAUAACAAAACGAAAAGUAGCUCUCUUGCAGCGAGGUAACAUGCAGGGACCUUUCUCCUACUUCAAUAACCGUUUGCUAUGGCUACAAGAUGAGAAAAAUGCAGUGGUGAGCGAUUUAGUAGGGAAGAAUAUAGCUGUUAUAAGUGGAAAAUUAAUAUGGGGUUUGAAUUUGGUGUACGUUGUUGAUGAGUCACUUCAUCCUUGGCCAAGCAACGUAACUGCUGGAAACAUUAAUGUAAUACCAAAAGAAAUAGAUACCGGUUCUGUAAAAGUCAGUGGUUCUUCAGAUUCCUUCAACAUUACUUGGAGCCCAAUAAAAAAUGUGAAUUAUGGCGUAGUUUUUUACGAAAUCCAGAUUGACGGUUUGCCUAGAAACAACUCCACUAUUAUUACUACAGAGCCUACCAUUCGAUAUUGGAGACAUAUUCCGCCAUUCACUCUGAUCAAUGUUAACAUAAGAGCGUUCACUUAUUGGGCUACUUCGCCUCAAAUUAGAGCAGAAAUAUAUUCACCACCGUCAACGCCAUCUGCACCCAUCAAUACUCGAAGUUAUGUGGUUCACAAGCACGGUCCAUUUGACUUAUAUUACAGCAGUGUUUCGGUGAUAUUUAGAUGGGACCCACCUCUGUUUCCAAAUGGAGUGCUUCAAGGGUAUUAUGUGAGUUGUUGGUACAUCGGCGAGGAUACUCGGAUAGAUCAAUGUGAUGAUGUUAAAACACCACCAAACCAAACAGAAUAUAAAGCGAAAGAUCUAAUAUACAACAAAGUAUACUUUUUUCAGGUACAAGCUUUCACUGAAAUAGGCACAGGUGCUUUGUCUGAACCAAUAUCAGUUGACGCAGGCAAUGAAGCUCCCUUACCAAUCUUAUUAAUAGCUUCAUCAGACUCCAUUUUCAUUGACGACAUGGACACAAAUCAAGCACAUUCUUUACUGACUGGAAUCAAUACUCCCAAAGUAAUAGCGUGUUUGCUAAGGGAACAGAAAGUCUUCUGGAUAAACGAAAUUCGAGAAUUACUCAUGUACGAUUUUUCUUCAGGCAACAAAAUCAAACUGUUUGACAUCAAAGGCAAACCUACUGAUUUAGUAAUGGAUUGGUUAGAAAGAAGCCUGUAUUAUGUUGAAGAAACAAGCGAAGACUCGGGAUCUACCAUUUAUAAAAUCGAUUUAAAUAAAUUUGAGAACGGUAUUGUUCAAAAUGAGAAGAUCUUUUCGACAUCAGCUAAUAUAACGAAAAUAGAGAUCUCACCGUUUACAAGAAAAAUUUAUUGGAUACAAACCAUGGAUAAUCAGUUGCAUAAAGUUAUGUUUUCUGAUUUGAACGGUUAUAAUACUGAAGACUUCUUUUCAUCGUCAAUUCAAGAUCAGGCUAAAAGAAACACUACAGCCGAAGACUGUAGUUGCUCAACUAAGACAAACGUUGAAUCAACAUUUACUAUUGACCAUUCAGUAUUUCAAAUAGAACCCGUUCUUAUAUUCAUUGAUUCUGAUUCCAAAGAGGUGUUCUCGUCAGACAAAAGUGGAUGUCAGUGUACUGUAAUUCUUAAUGGCACAAUUCUAAGUGAGUCAGACCCAUUGAAGAAAGUUAAAUUUGAUUUUGACUCACUUUACUGGACUAACUCUGAUGAUACAUUGUACGCAUUGAAACCAAAACAUUCACACUUGAUAAGUAAGCCUUUGAAGUCUAACGAUAUACUUAUUUAUGGAGAACAUACGCAACCAUAUCCUCCCCAAGAUUGUCUUAGUCCUUUGCAGCAUUUAGAUAUAAAACCCAGUAUUAAGAGAAUGUCAUUUGAUUCUCUAACAUUAAAAAUGCCUGAUAUUUUGUUUAAUUCAAAUUGUAUGAACACAUCUAUAGCGACUGUAAUGUACAGAAUCAGGUAUAUUAAGACAAAUAAUAAUCCAGGAGGUGACUUUGGGGAAGUUACAACGUUUGAUAAAGAGAUUGAAGUAACAGAUCUGGAACCUUAUACAAUAUACACUGUAAAGGUAGCGGCGAGCAAUCACUAUUCAGAUGAACACAGUAUAUAUUGGAGUAAACCGCUGAGGUUCAGAACUUCACCUGGAG